CUUAAAAAAAACCUCGCGCGGAUUAAUUUGUGAUUUGCAUUUAAUCGAUGAUUGAUGUUUGGUUGAUUAAUUGCUGGCUUUAACAAGUCUUUUUAAAUGAAAGGAGGGCAGCAAAGUGGUAUUGAUAUGUCGAGGAAGCAUUAUGUGAUACGAUAAGUGUGUUUAUGUAAUAUCACCGUGUUGUUUAGAUGUACUUUUUUUAAAGUAAGGUGUAGACUAGAUCUCCAAUGGUUUUUGAUAAACACAAACUAAUUACUGAUUUUAUAUUAAUUAAUUACUGAAAUACUGACCAAAAAAACACACACACAUACGUGCCUGUCUAUCUUUUUAUCGUUGGAUUAUUUUUUAAGGGUGAUAUUAAUCUGUUAGUAAACUUCACUAUUUAAAUUUGUGUCAUUGUUAAGAUUUUAAAGAAACUUAAUCUAAUUAAUUUGAAUUAAUUAAUUAAAUUUCACCAGAUAUUUCAGUAACUUUUGUUGGCUUGACAAUUUAUUUCGUCUUCUUCGUCAGACUGGGAUAAUAUUGUAAACAACUUCAGCGAGUAACCAAUAUUUGCAAUUAAAACAGAAUGUUCGUAUGAAGACAGACGUCAUAAGAACUAAUUCUCUUCGCUACCUUUAAGCAUUAAUUUAUUGGCGUUCGUUCGGUAUUGGUCUACAUAUAUUCCGCGUGAGGAAACCACGUUAUUCACCCUCUUCAACCUAGUCUCUUUUAUGUCAAGAAGGAGAGUUGUUUGGAUGAACGAUGACGUGUACUAAUACCGAAAGACUGCCAGUUUAUUUGUGAUUUAUUUAUAACUGGCUGGUUUUAUUAGUUGUAUUGUACGGGUUAGAUAUGUUUAAGACACUGAGAUUUUCUUUUAAAACGUUGACACGGAGGAAGGAAGUUGUAAAAUUAGUACAAGACAGUACAAGGCUGGAAGUGGCUUCAUAUCGUAGCUAGGACUCGUCGUAUUGAACAUGUCGACGUAUAAAUUUACAGCAAUGAAGAAGAAAUCAAAUAAAGUUAAGACGAAGGGUGGGGACGGAAGUGUCCAGCCGACAUUAUUCCAGACUUGGGGUGCGAAAAGUACCGUCUCGACAUCGAGUUUCAGCAAUGGUGUAUCCACCGUUGACGAUAUUACGAUAGUCAGUGACGACGAAGACGAAUUUUUGGUACAAGCGUUGGAAUCUAGUAGAAUGUUGCCAACAUCACGCAAACGAAUCUGGAAAGAGAAGCGAGUGAUAUUCCUCACUCCCCAGGUAUUGGCGAACGAUUUGACUCGUGGCACUUGCAAGCCGGAAUCAAUCAAGUGUGUCGUUGUGGAUGAAGCCCACAAGUCUUUGGGCAACCAUGCCUACUGUCAGGUUAUACGAGAACUUGUGAAAAAAUCCAGGGAUUUCCGAGUGUUGGCGUUGAGUGCGACUCCAGGCAAUAAUUUAAAGGUCAAAUUAUAUUGGAAUGUUUCCUUUGGUGUUUUUAUAUAUGUGAAGGUCUACUCAAACGAACGUAAAAUUGAAAAGAUUGUCGUACCCCUGGGAUCAGAAAUCGAUGCGAUUGACAAGAAAUAUGUUGAGAUACUGGAAUCAGUGGUGCACCGGUUGACAUGUCGAAAGUUGCUCUACAGAGUCACUGCUCAAACUGUGUCCAAGUUUACCGUACUCAAGGCUCGUGAUGCUUUUAGACAGAAACCUCCUCAAAACCUCUCGCCCAGCAUAAUGGGGAGUAUCGAGGGAGACUUUGGUCUGUUAAUAAGUCUCUGCCAUGGCCACGAGUUGCUACAGCUCCACGGUCUACGUUCGUUCUACCAAUAUAUAACCAAUAUGAUGGACAACAGCAGUGGCCGGUCACGACAGGAACUUUUCAAGAAUCCAGCAUUUAUUGAGAUUUAUGAACAACUUCAGAAAGAAUAUGGAGGACAGAACAUCUCUUUUACCCAAAUGUCGACGCAGGAGAAGACUGUUCCCUAUGUCCUUGGUCAUCCCAAACUAGAAAAGUUGUUGGAAAUUGUGGUCAGUCAUUUCAAGAAUUUCCAAAAAGAGAAUGGUAACCUGGAGACCCGUGUUAUGAUUUUCUCUCAGUACCGAAACAGCGUCACUGACAUUGCUGAAAUGUUGAAACGAGAACGACCCUUAAUUAAAGCAAUGAGUUUCAUUGGUCAGUCUGUCGGUAAGAACACAAAGGGAUUCACGCAAAAGGAACAAAUUAAGGUGAUGAAAGAGUUUCGAGAGGGGGGUUAUAACACCUUAAUUGCGACAUGUGUCGGAGAAGAAGGUCUGGACAUUGGAGACGUGGACCUUAUAAUAUGCUUCGACACAUGCAAAAGCCCCGUUCGUUUUGUCCAAAGAAUGGGGAGAACAGGACGGAAACGAGAUGGAAAAAUCAUAAUGCUGAUCACGAAAGGCAAAGAAGAGCAAAUGUACAAGCAAGCUCGCUAUCAAUGGAACAGUCUCAACAAGUCUCUCAGCAACAAAUAUGGGCAACUGGUCUUUUACAAUCACCAACCGACCAUCUUUCCAGAAGGUUUGGUACCUCGCUGUCUCAAAACCAAUAUUGUUGUCAAAGAAUCAUUCCAGAAUAUACACUGUCCAAAGGAGAAGAAAGUGAAGAAAUCCCUGAAGAAGCAGAAGACAACAAGCUCCAAGAAUGACAACCAAGAUAUAUCGUUAUUUACAUCGCCCAUUGUACCUACUGUGGACGCUUACCUUCAGCCAACGACAAGUGGUGCAAGCCGGGUCCACUUGGUUAACGAGCCUGGGAGGGACCGAAUGUACUCUUUACUUAGUAGUAGUAGCAGUGAUGAUGAUGAUGGUAACUGCAAGCUUCUAGAUCUGAAUGUCACAAACUUCAAACGCAAAGAGAAUUUGUUUGGCAAGAAAACAAAAAAGACUUCAGAGAAGGACUCCAAGACAAUGGAGAAAACGAAGAAGAAAGGUAAAAAAGUUGUUGGUAAGAGUAAAAAUCAGAUUGAGAAGACAGCAACGGGGUCAAAGAAGAAUAAUAAUAAUAAGAAGAAAGAAUCAUUUUCUGGUGAUGAAAUAUCAAAUGAUGAAGCUGUUAGUAGCAGCCUUCGUUUUGGAAUUGAUUAUUUAUUGAAUAAGAAUAAUCCUGAGUAUUGUUCUGAAUCUGUCUCAGAUUUGUUAUUGAUCGAGGAAGCAAAUUCUGAGGUUUCUAAGGAAGUAUUAGGUCAUGCCAACCAUUCUCUGCCAGACAUGCCAUUAUCCCCCAUCAUUCCAUCGAAUGUGCAAGCUUCAUUAUUGCAGAUGAGCAAGGCUGAGAAUUCUUUACAUGGCAGUAUGGUACCGGUGGCUCCUGUCUUUGAGGCUAUUACUAAAUUAAUCGACGAUUUUCGAAACGUCCUGUCUUCACAAUCACCAGAUUUGGACUUAGGACACCUUACAAAGAAAUGGGAUAAUGAAUUUGAAGGGCUACUGCAAGGUGGUGUGACAGUAAAGUCUUUAAAGGUAUCAGAAACGGCGGCAGAAACUCCACUUAAGGAACCAUUGGCAAUUUCUAAAAAUGUUAGUCGUAAACGAAAACUGGAAGGUGAUGAUGUUGAUGAAGAUGUUAUGACUGAGUCUGAGAGAAUUGAAAAUAUUUCUGUUUUUGCACCAAAUAUAUCUGAGGAAAUGGCUGAGAAAACAGUAAAAUCAGACAAGCUUAAAAUAUCAGAGAACACCUCAAAGUCGACAGCAAAAUGUCACUUGGGUACUUUAAACUUUUAUGACAAAGACUUUUUCUCGGACUCAAGUCUUUUUAUAGAUGACGAUUUUGAUGAUUCUGAUGGAGUGGUCAAACUCUUUUCACCACAGCUGACCAAUGCAACCAACACAAAAAUCAGAACAAACAACUCAAGAAACACAAGUCGACUGUCCAACACCAGCAACAGAACUAAUCGUGUGGACACAAGUGGACCCUCCGAUGUAAUCAGCAAAAUUAGUCCAAGCAAUACGACCACGUCAUUCAACAGGAGCAGCACAACGAGUCCAGUAGAUGCAAACAACACAGGCAUCACAACAGUGAUAACUGGACCUGUCGACACAAGCAUCACAAAUAGUCCAUCUGAUACAAACAGCACAAGCAACACAACUAUGCCAUUCAACACAAACAUCACAACUAGACCAUCCAACACAAGCAUCACAACUAGACCAAGUGACAAAAACAGCACAAGCAACACAACUAUGCCAUUCAACACAAACAUCACAACUAGACCAAGUGACGAAAACAGCACAAGCAACGCAAAUGGACCAUUCAACACAAGCAACACAACUAUGCCGUUCGACACAAGCGUCACAACUAGACCAAGUGAAAAAAACAGUACAAGCAACGCAAAUGGACCAUGCAAGACAAGCAACACAAAUGGACCAUCCAACACAAGUAUCACAACUAUUUCUGCCAACACAAGCAACACAAGUGUGAAGCCGAAUUGGGUGUUCAGACAUCAGGAACCAAUCAACGAGCAGGUAAAUGCUGGCAAUAAAGUUCCCGCCAAUGAUAAGAAGCUUAAUCCAGCUUUGAGUGUUUCAAAACCGCCAACCUCCAAGAGUUCCUUGGAAUUAUGCGAAGACAACGGUGCGGAAUUGGUCGAUGAUGGAAUUUAUUUCGAUCUGAGUGCAGAUAUGUUCUCUGAUUUUGAUGAUGAUGCUGAUGACCUCAGUAAGGGAAAGAAUGAUAACAACAACAACAAGCCAAGAACACCAAGCAGCUUCCUAAGUGAUGACCAGAAUAAAUGUACAAGAGAAGCACCAUUUUCUGGUAAAGAAACUGACCCCUCAAAAAGGGUUCCUGGAGAUGGAGGAAUAAACUCCACUCUGGGAUGUAAGCUCUCUUCACUUAUUAAUUCUAGUAUGACUAUCAAAGAUUCUUCGACAAACAAAAAAAUUCCUGAAGACUCUCUCAACUUUGACCUUGAAUUUGACAGUGAGGACGACAACUUGUUUAAGUCAACAGACGGCGCUGGUCAACAGAGUGAUUUGGUCCUCGAAGACAAUGAUGUCCCUGAAUUCAGUCUUGAAUUUGACUUUGAUGAUGGCAGUCCACUAACGGUAAAUGGGUCGUGUUCUCCACAGGGAAACCAAUCAAAGACAAUAUUUGACAUCAACAUCAACACUGCAAACAACAGCAAAUCACAGACUGAAGAGAGGAGUCAAAGUACAAGUGGUAGUAAGACCAUUCCAUUCCUAAAUUAUUCCACUAACUCGGCACAAACUGUUGAGGCGAUGGUUAGUGAAGGAAAAGAAGGAAAGAACUCUGAAGAUCUGAAGCUACGCUCAUUAAUUGUUGCAGAGUCACCAUUUCAAUGCACCACUAGUAGGAUCAGUAUGUCACGUGGAUUAAAUGGAAAUGUGACCCCACAGUCAUGUGGAAAGGUGACCCCAGAGCUCUAUGGAAAGGUGACCUCAGAGCUCAAUGGAAAGGUGACCCCAGAGCUCUAUGGAAAGGUGACCCCAGAGCUCUAUGGAAAGGUGACCCCAGAGCUCUAUGGAAAGGUGACCCCAGGGCCCUCUGGAAAGGUGACGCCAAAACCUCUUCAACAGCUCAAUUCUUAUUCCAGUUCCUUACAAGGUUCUGUGAAAAGCUGUCCCACCACCAACACUACUACUACUACUACUACUACUACUACUGCAAACAAUGAUGAUGAUGUUGUUCAUGAUGACAAUGAUGUGAUUGUUCUUGAUGAUGAUGAUGACGAUGAUGAUGAUGUUAUCAUCAAGCCUAAGAAGAGAGCUGUUAUUUUCUCUCCGUCCUCCGAUGGCUCCACACCAAGGUCAGAGGUGAAAGGUCGCCAUGGUACCAAUUCUUCAGCAACUGGGCUGCUUUCCAGUGAUUUAGACUCACCUGUGACAAUACAUAGAGGGGUAAUAAAUAAGAGAUUUACAGGGAAAAAACGUAGAGUGAUUGAAGAUGAGUCUAACGAGUCUGACUUUGAAAAUGAUUUUGAAGCACAUCUGACAAAACCUGGGUUGAACAGCAAAAGAUCAACUCCGAAACCUGUUGUGGUAUCUCAAUCAAAGAGGAGGAAGAUACACAGAAAAAGUGUCAAUGGUGGCCGUCAAUUUCUUGAUGAGGAAGCAGUGUUAUCUGGAAGUGACUCGGAGUCUUCUAAUGAUGAUGAAAUUGCUAACGAAUUGGAUAAUUAUGAAGGAAGUUUCAUUGAUGACAAUUAUACACUUGGAAGGUCACAAGUGGAUAUGAAGACUGUUUACUUGAAGUCAGUGAAAAGCCCCUUGCCCAAGCCAAACGCUUAUAAAUUACAGUACAGAUAUCAUGCAAUGGAUGUGUUCUCCCAGGAGUCAGAACCUGAUGUUGACUGUUAUGAAGACGACAGCUUCUUGGAUGACAGCAGUGAGAUAUGUGAGUUUGAUUCUGUUGAUUGAUUUCGCUCUCUCUUUAUCUCUCUCUCUCUCUUUAUCUCUCUCUCUCUCU